AAAGCAACGAGGGGCAGGCGCGGCCGCCGCCGAUACGUCGGAUGCUGGCUGCAUGGAGGACGCGAAUGCGGGAUACCACGCACGCAGACGACGUUGGAGCAUAGGACGGUGCUCGAGAGCGCCACGCACCUUCAAGACCGACUGUGUCGUCAGAACGGAUGGACGAUAGCACAUUGCAGAGGUACUACCGAACAGCCCUUGAAUGGCGGUGGCAUGCAUGAGCGACCGUGUUGAGCACUUAUCGACGUGAUGAAACAGCCACAGUCUAACCUUGACAUCGUCUACGACCUGCCACGGCAAACGGAGCAUGGUCCCCAAGGAGCAAAAUCUCUCGACGGUGUGCAUGAGAGGACGCGAAGCAUGUAUGAUACGACCAUCAACGUCGAAUGUCGACCGCGGCGUUUUGUACAACGUCAAAGGUGCGCGAGGCGCCAUGAAGGUCCUGUCUCCAGCCAUUUCACGUGUCGGUAGCACAACGGUAACGGAUAGCGCAACGUAUUCUUGGUUCAACUGGACAAACGUCUCCACAAUCAUGACUUGUGCACGUGCGCUUCCGUUGGAGAACACCAGAGUCGACAUUGCCGCCCGGCGUUUCCGUUCCUCGGAGGUGUUUCAACUGCAUCGCUUGUCCACGCGACAUGCCGUAUCGAUACGUUCUACGGCAGAUUACCAUGAGCACAAUCGUGAGAGUCGUCUUUGACACACUCGACGACAUGGCCUCCGAGAAACUCGGACCGCUCGGUUCCACACACCGACGGCGGUGGAUACUGCCUGCCGUAGCCGUGGAGCUGCAGUACCGCAUCCAACGCGGAUCCAAAUUCUCUAUCUCGGGGGAUGGCCACAUGAAACAACGAAUGCCCCGUGAUUGCCCAUUCACCUUGAAGCAGCGCCAACGAAUGCGCCGUGAGGCCCUUGCGUGUGCCUACCUAUUCGACUCAACGGCCGAGAUCCCUAGCGUCGGACACGUAUUGGCGCGGUGGUCGCGGAUGUCCAAGAGGAGGGAGUCGAACAUGGGGAAGCGCGCCGAGAUCUCUUGAACGGCGUGCACCAACGUGCAGUGAACGUCAAUGGUUAAAUGAGUCCCGAGUGGACUACAAUGCGACGCAUUUCACUUCC